AUGACUCCUUCUUCUGGGAGGUGUGGUUUCACUCAGUAUGUUCUUUCUAACCCUAAUCCACUGGGGUUAAAAAAUUUUAUUCUUGCUUCUAAUGACGGACUGCUCCUGGAUUUCUGUAUUUUUGUUGGGAAGGGUAAUGUACCAGAAGAUGAUCUGAAGACCCUGGGUUUGGGAGGAGCUGUUGUAAAACUAUUGUCAUUAACUCUCCCUCAAGAUGGCUCUCAUGUAAUUUACAUAGAUAGAUUCUUUACAAGUGUUACAAGUGCAGAAAUGUUGUUGGAGAAGAGCAUUUUCCUGACAGGAACAGUUAUGAGAACUAGAAUUGCUCCAGCUGCUUCAAAACUGAGCGAUGAUAAGUGCCUAAAAAGAGGUGAAUGGUGUGAGAUUGUAAGGGAAAAUGGUAAACUUUGUGUUGUCAAAUCGAAAGACAAUAAAUGUGUGACAUUACUUUCCUCUUGCACUGGUAGCAAUCCUGUGGGCACAUGUAAAAGAUGCUCCAAGAAAGAUGGGCAGAAGAUUGAUGUCCCCUGCCCAGCUGUAGUACAAGCAUACCAUCAAAUGAUUGGAGGUACAGAUUUGUGUGACAGGUUGCUGGCUUAUUACAGAAGUUCUAUUCGAACAAAAAAAUGGCUAGUAAGAGUAUUUAACCAUUUUGUUGAUGUGGUGGUUGUGAACUGUUGGUCGAUGUAUGGAAGAGCUUGUGUGAUUGCAGAUUUGAAUAAAAGGGAUCAGAUACCUUUGAUUGCUUUUCGACUACAUCUAGCCAUGUCACUUAUGAAAUCUCAGGAACUGUGUAAUAUCAGUAAGCAGCCACUGAGAACAUGUAGUGAAAUUGAUGAAGAAAGUUCCACAGAUGAGGAACAGUUUACACCAAUGCCAAAAUACAGGAAAGUUGUAAGUCAACCCGUUUGCGAAGUAAGGUAUGAUCAAGUAGGGCAUUAUCCUGUAUAG